GGCCACGGGUGAAGCUGGUCACGGCUCUGUUGCAUCGACAGGGCAGCGCAACCAAGCACAAGCUAGUCAGGAGCUUCUUCUUCUUCAGAGCUAGUAGCUUGGACGACACACUCCCGGGUUUCGGAGAGAAGAGAGAGAGCCCAAUAUGUGCAUGGACCGAGCUGCCGUGCCGGUGAAGAGGGUGUGGCUCGGCCUCGCCGCGCGCCUCGGCCUCCGGCGAACCAGCGGGCUGGGGAAGCUGAAGAAGGAGGUGAGGACGUGCGAGUACCACGACGUGCACAUCAUGUGGGAGAUGCUGAGGAAGACGGACGCGCCGGUGCCCAUGGCGGAGAAGGAGGCCGCCGCCGCCGCGGCCGUCGCGGCGGCCGCCGGCGCCCGGAGGAGGAAGGCGGCGUGGAGACGGUUCCUCUACUACUGCUGCGCGUUCUAAUUAGCCUCAGGGAUGAAUCAACAACACCAAAGAUCAAUCGAGCACUGCUCGAUCGGUUGCUUUCUGGCCUCGCCGCCGCCUCGGUUCUUCCCAGCUCGGACUCGAUCGGCUCCCGGCGAGCUUCGAAUGAAGCUCGUCGUGUUCUUGAUUCGAGGCUGUCCCGGCGAAGUUUUGCUGAGACCAAUCGUCCCGGCAAAAGAGGGGCUGCGAACCAGAACGAAAUGGCACAUAUUGCAGAGGUUUUGCAAACUUGAAAUAAUAAGUAUAGAGACAGAAACGAUGAUCACGAUCUCGAGUCGAUCGAUCAUCAAAUCGAGAUGUAAAAAGUCAAAUAAAAAGAUUUUGGUUUUCUUUUUAUCUAUGUCAGUGAAAUUUCUGCUCAUCACAACCAGAAGAUCUUUGUCAGUA